AAUCAACGCUACGGGCCACCCUCAAGAUGGCAGAUCCUCAACCCCAGGAGCCGCAGAGUUUGAAGAACAAGUCGCAACGUCGGGCAAUUGCGGAGAGGAAACUUGUCGAAACAGUGAAUGCUCUGUCAGCGGACGACUUCUUUGCAAAGUAUGCACCACGGGAAUCGUUGACCGAAUUGGGGGUUGGUCACCCUGAGGUGGAGUUGUCAAGACUCCAGGUGGAUGCUGCAAACCUGCCUAGUCGAUGGUUGGAUGCAUGCCUUAAGUUGAUCGAGCAGACCAGUGCUCAGGACUAUCAAAACUCGGAGAUAAAAUGGUCAACGUCCAAGAAGAGGCGGGAGAUGAAGUCACCGGACAUGAAAUAUAUCAUUCUCUUUGACGGGAACUCUCAUCUUGCCGGCUUCGUCUCUUUCAUGAUCACCUAUGAGGAUGGUUACGAGGUCCUCUAUAUUUACGAGAUUCAUUUUACGCCCGAGUGGCAGGGGAAGGGACUGGGCAAAAAGCUCAUGACCGUCGCCGAGCUCAUUGGCUACAACGUCGGAAUCACCAAAGUCAUGUUGACUGUCUUCAGGGCAAACAGUCGAGCUGUCACCUGGUAUACGCGACUGGGUUAUGAAGAAGACGAUUUCUCUCCCGCUCCACGUAAGUUGAGAAACGGCACUGUCAAAGAACCGGGUCACAUCAUUCUCUCGAAGCAAGUGAAAAGAUAAUCAAUCCCAUUGAGGGCCCUUUUUAUAUCUGGCGUACGCUUUUGCCCUUCAUCUCGGGUCUCUCCAUCUCCCAUUCAUCGCGCAUGACCGCAAACAAGGUGUCUCCAACAAGAAUGGUCAAGCCCAAACUCCAAACCAGCGUGAUGGCAUAGAAAAAGUUGGCAUUGCCCGACCCGGCGUAAAUCCACAAAUGGUGGAAUGCAGGUCCUAGCAGGGUCGAAUAAAGCAG